AUGGACGCCAACCUUCUGAGUGCUGGCUGCAAGCAGCACCGCGCCAUCGCCAACUUCUUCCACGCCACCCAGCCCCGGCGCCAAGUCCGCACCUGCCGCACCUACCACAGUCAUCUCCUCAUCGCUCCUCUGCUGCAAGAGACGCAGCUCGCCGAGUCGCGAAAGAGCCCGUUCUCCGCCAGCCAGCGCGCCGAAGCGGACUGCGCACGUAUCCUCGCCCUACAGGCCGAGGUCGAGCAGCUACGCCAGGCUCAGACGCCGCCCACUGCCCCCUCGGAGCUACCGGUCGCCUUCGCCCAGCUGCGUCAAGACCUCCACGCCCAGCUGCGCGGCGACUUCGUCCGUCUGGCCGUCUCGUUGCCAGGCGUCGUUGCCGCUUCGCCACCAACCCCACUCACCGCGCCACCCAGCCCGCCUGCCCUGGCUCCCACGGCUGGUGAGUCAGGCACGUUCCACAAGCCCUUGUUCCCCUGGAUCUCUGCGGAUCUGUACGCAGACACGCACCCUGCCCACGACCUGCUGCACCUCGCCGACGCUGCCUGGACCGUCGACGCCGCCCCGGAAGCCACGACUGUCCGGUUCAACGGCUUGGCUAUCACCACGCAGACGCAGUCCAACGCCAUCCGCGCCUUAAGUCGCAAGGAGGGACGAGGCGCUGCGCUCCUCAAGUUUCGGGACCACCUGGCCGACCUCGACGCCACGUUCUCGUGGGACAGCGUCUCCGACAACACUCUCCGCGUCUGCUGCGCCCGCUACACCGUUGCCCCAGCAGCGGUGUGGGCCCAUCUGGACCACGAGCUCUACGUCCCCAGGCUCUCCGGCGUUCUCGGCAAGGCCCAGCCCACGGCGCCGCCCCCGGACCCCAGCUUCAGCCUCAGCAAGAGGAAGCAGCACCCGGCGCCGGCCUCCAGCUCGCCGAAGGACAACGUCUGCUGGAACUGGCACUCUGGUCGCUGCCAGGCCGACCCGUGCGAGCGCAAGCACGUCUGCCACCACGCGGCCUCAGCAGCACUUCCAGCACCCUUCCACUCGCCGGCCCGUCCCCUUCUGACCACGCCGGGGGCCACGACGAGCUCGGAGGUGCCUCCCGCGGUGCCCUCGCACCACCACAGCUGGCCGCCCGGUACUGCCAAGCGUGGUGGCGCAACGAGCUCGCCUACCCCGUCUGCCGCGCCCUCAGGCUCGCAGGGCAACCGCCCGACACCCUCGAGGCGCUCGCAUCUGUCCCCUCUCGACCUGCCCCCAGUCGAGCGAGGCGUGCCAGCGCUGCUCGCUGGCCGCAUCUCUAUCCCCUGGCCUCGCCCCAAUACCACCGUCCCCGACAGCCUCUUCCACCCCGCCGACCGGACGACUGGCGUCGGCUUCACGCAGCUUGCCGUGGAACGCAGAAGCUCCCUCCUCGCCGACUACCCCGACCGCCGCACCGCGGACGCAGUCCUCGGCGCCAUCCAACACAGUAUCCGCCUCGGCUACGCCGGCCUACCCGAAGGCGAGGCGUGGUCAACGAAGCUGCGCAUCAUCCACCACCUCUCCCACCUGCGCGCUCCAGGCUCUGGCCUACCCUCGGUCAACCCCGGCGUCGCCCGCUCGUCAACGGCGAUCCAAGAUGUCACGCUGGCCGCGGUGCUGGACUACGUGGCCGCCAACCUCGGCUGCCGCCUGUGGGAAGGCGAUGCGGCCCGCCUCCUCGGCCGGAUGCUCGACGUCCACUUCUUCGCCGAGACGGUCCUCACCUUUGGAGGCAAGAGCUCGCCUCUUCUCUUCGACCUGUUCGCCGAGAUGCCGCACUGGAUCAUGGCGUCGUUUACACCGCACCCGGUCGAGCACGAUCUCGACGACCUCUUCGGCGCGGUAUCGCCUGGCUGGAACGCAGCCGCGCCCGUCCGCGCGCUGGCGAUGGCUUGCCACGCUCUGGAUCUUGCCCUUCCCCUAGCCAAGACGUUCUGGGGCUCGACGCGCCUAGGGAUCUUCGGUAUCGGGGUCGACACAGUGCGCCAGACCGUUGCCAUCACGGACGAUCGCCGCGAUAGCAUCCUCGCCUCCGUCGCCUUCCUUCUGGACCGCAGAUACGCCUCGCCGCUGGACGGACAGCGGGUUGCUGCCCUCCUGCAGCUCGUCACGCAGGUCAUCCCACACGGCCUCGCCUUCCUGCGGCGCAUCUACACCGCGGCGAACCGCGGCCUUUGCUGCAGCCGCCGCUGCCGAUCUAUCCAUCCGACCUCGCAGCACCACCAUCGCCAACGUCGACCUGCCCGACAGCAUCGACCUACCGCCAUUGACGCUUUUGUGCCUGAGCUAUCAAGCACCAGUUCGACCCUCUUGCGCCGCCGUCAUGCUAACGGAUCCGCAGCAGCUGCCUCUGCGACUCGCUCUCUCCCGACCUCGACUGCCGCCCAACCCCGACUGCUGCCCAACCCCGACCAACGCCCGAGCAACUCGCACGCCCGCCCAUGCCCGUGCCCUCGUGCUGCGUCGAUGCUUGCCUGCCACGACCUUCUCACCCCGCCAGCAAUUGCGCCGCUGCUUCCUUGUCCGCAGGUCGCCUAG